CAAGUACUCAGGUCUGUGGUUCGAGACAAAUUGACAAUUGACUUGGUGACUGAAUCAUGAUGCUACCUUUGCUGGCAUGGGGAGCCGAGUUGACUUCCACGCGCAUUGCUUCCGCUGUUCGACUUCGAAGUCAGGUGGUAGCCCUGGCACAACCAAGUUCCCAGCCGGUCCCCAGUAGGGACUCCGAAGACUAUAAGUCCCCGAACGCAGGAAAACCAUGGCUUCAGGAGAAAAGUUAAAGCUCGUGGAAGACGAGCUCUCAUUCUCUACUACCGGAAUGCGCGCGCACAAGAGCACGAAGCGUCACAGGGCACCGGGACUACUGCUCGCAUUUGUUGCAGCGUUGUGCGUUCUCGCAUCACCGGUCGGGCCAAUGGGAUCAUGGUCCUCUGCCCUUGCGACGGUUGCAAGCAUACUGCACACGUCCCCGUCCACUCUGCUUCACCUCCGAGAUACCCAGUCAACUACAGCAACAAAUCUUACGGGCAAUGGGCGCACCACUGACGUACUAUGGGAUAAGUACAGCCUGGUCAUCAAAGGUCAGCGAGUUUUCAUACAUUCAGGAGAAUUCCAUACUUUCCGUUUGCCGGUCCCCGACCUCUGGCUUGACAUCCUGCAGAAGGUCAAGGCUGCAGGUUUCAAUGCUAUUAGUGUAUACACGCACAUGGGUCUAAUCAACCCGUCACCCGGCGUGGUUGACUUCAAUGACUAUCGUGCAUUGAAACCUCUUUACGAAGCUGCUAAACAUGUUGGAGUAUGGAUCGUCCUGAGGCCCGGACCCUAUAUAAAUGCUGAAACAACCGCUGGUGGAAUUGCCCACUGGGUUACGUCUCAAGUUGCAGGUGAACUGAGAACCAAUGCAACAGACUGGAAUGCAGCGUGGCAGGACUACAUACACGGUAUUAUAACCGAGACUAUUCCGUACCAAAUUGAUCAUGGUGGCCCAGUUAUUGACAACGAGUACACGCAGUCUCCGGCUACCCAUGCUGCAUACUUCCAAGAACUCGAAGAUGUCUACCACAAUUCCGGCAUUGUAGUGCCUCUCACGGCUAACGAUCCAGUAGAGGGUCAGAAUUGGAUCAAUGGAACAGUAAUGACGUCAGACGUAAUUAGGCUAGACUCAUACCCUCAAGGUUUCGAUUGCUCUAACCCAACGGUUUGGAGUCCUGUGGUAACUAAUUAUUACAGUUAUCACGAGAGCGUGGACCCUGGGCAACCUUGGUACUUCCCGGAAUUUCAAGGCGGCUCGUUUGAUGCCUGGGGACCGACUGCUCCAGGUUACGAGCAAUGUCGAGAACUCACGGGGCCUGACUUUGAAAGUGUUUUCUACCUGAACCUUUGGGCUUCAAACGCUAAGCUCAUCAACUACUACAUGCUUUACGGCGGGACUUCCUGGAGUGCGCUGCCAUUCCCUGGAGUAUACACAUCAUAUGACUACGGUGGUGCGAUUGCUGAAGAUCGACAACUUACAACUAAGUAUCCCGAGCUCAAGCGUCAAGGGCUCUUCCUACGAAGCUCCCCUGAGUUCUACAAAACAGAUCAUGUUGGAGAUACCACUACAAGCGCCGUCACAACCACAAGUCCUUUUGUGCAUGUUACCAUGUUGCGCAAUCCUGACACUGGUACUUCGUUUUACAUUGCAAGGCACAACGAUUCGACGUCGAUGAGUACCAUCAACUUCAAGAUGAAUAUCACAAUAGAGUCCGAGGCAAUUCAAGUCCCACGUGUGGCGUCAGCAAUUACCUUGAGUGGCCGACAGUCCAAGAUCAUUGUUACUGACUAUUCCUUCGGCUCAUCCAAGGUGUGGUAUGCAACAGCACAGGUACUCUAUACGGGUCGGAUUGGUAGUAGGGAUGUCCUAUAUCUGUAUGGGGAUCCCCUGCAAGAACACGAGGUGGCGCUAGCUCUUAAUGGCACACCACGCAUUCGCGCUCAGAGUUCCAGCUUCCAAUGGAAUACCUUGAAGGGUAUCACAACCGUAUCGUUGUUAACCGGCAUUGAAGGGUUGGUUACUUUGUGGGACUCAGACCAACAGUUGGUUCUCUAUAGCGAUACCGCAACAGCGGGUACUUUUUGGUCCCCAGAGAUACCCUCGAACGAUGGAGGCGAUUUCGCAAGCUACUGGCAGUUUGGCACCAACGCGUCGAUUCUUGUUGGCGGACCCUACCUCGUGCGUAAUGCGACCAUGGUAGGUUCGAAGCUCGAGCUCCGUGGCGAUCUAGACGAGGGCGUGAGGUUGACGGUUAUUGCCCCUGACAACGUCAGGAUGGUGACCUGGAAUGGGUUCCCCGUCUCUCCUGAUGUGAAUGCCGCCAGUACUAUCACCACAGUAGGCGGAUUUUCAGCCGAUCUGUCACCGUCGCUUUCUGGUCUCGGACUUGGACUGCCCAAACUUUCUAAUUGGAAAUAUGCCGAUAGUUUGCCAGAAAUCCAAGGGAACUUUUCUGAUGUCAACUGGACGAUCGCCAACCACACUUCGACGAAUAUUCCCUUCAAGCCGUACUACGGCGAUGGCCGGGUACUCUAUGGCUGUGACUACGAAUUUUGCGAAAAUAUUGUCCUGUGGCACGGACAUUUUAACGCUACCGAGGAAACCAAGUCUGUCAAUUUGUCCAUCAAUGGCGGCGAAGCUUUUGCCGCAAGUGUUUGGGUCAACGAUGUCUUCUUGAAGACGUCGUAUGGAAAUUCUACGAACAACAAAAAUGUCGUUGCGGAGACAGACGAGGUUUUCUAUUUUCCGCCUGGGUCUUUGAAAUAUGGCGAAGACAACGUGAUAACCGUCGUUCAGGAUAACAUGGGGUUAGACGAAAACGGAGAGGACCACGUCGAUGAUGAAAAGUCCCCCCGCGGCAUUCGCGGUUUCAUGUUGAACGCAGGUAACUUCAACGAAUGGAAGGUGCAGGGCAAGCUAGGAGGGUACACAAAUUUCCCGGAUAAAGUCCGAGGCGUUCUGAAUGAAGGUGGUUUGUACGGCGAACGCCAGGGAUGGCAUUUGCCUGGGUUUAACACUUCUUUGUGGAUGGCAAGAGACUUGUCCGAGGGACUGCCAUCCUCUUCUGCAGGAGUUGGCAUCCCAGAAGACUUCGAUGUACCGAUAUCGUUCACAUUUGAUGGGUCCACUCAGCCGUAUCGUGCACUCUUAUUUGUCAAUGGUUGGAUGAUGGGCAAAAGAGUGGCGAACCUCGGGCCCCAGUACGACUUCCCAGUCCACCAGGGUAUUCUUGAUUACAAUGGAAUCAAUACGGUAGUGGUGGCUCUGUGGGCCAUGGAGUCAAUCCCUAUAUCCCCGACACUGAAGCUAACCGCUAAGGCCGUCUACGAGGGAGGUGUGGGAAAAAUCCACACUAACAACCCUGCAUGGUCAGCCAGAUAAGUUAGAGAGUUACCGUCCUUCCAGUGCACGCAUCACUCGUUAUGCACUUCUAUCUAGAUAUUUUCGAUCUACGCGUUCAACCAGUUAGCUAAGGGAAGAGCGUGGUGCUUGUGGGAAAGGGGGUGUACUUGUACGUAGUAUGCUAAGGUAACUCAAGAGUUGAUGUUCGAAAGGACUGGGUGAAAACCGGUAGGUUUUCUGGCCCGAAACCAGGACCCGAGUCGUCGAGCUG